AUGUCGACUGCUUCUCAUAAUGAUAUUUUUAAUAACACGAAAUUAAAUACAACAACUGCAAAGAAAGUAGUCGAAGAAAGAACGAAGAUGACUGUUAAUUUCGAUAAUGAACUAACUUUAUUUCGUCAAAUGGCGCUUAUUGGUGAUUUGUUCGCUAUUACAGACGAACUAGAUAGCCAACUAGUUCGCUUAGGAGUUUUCAAUUCAAAUGAUGAGUCAGCAGCACCUGAAUCAAAAUUUCUUAUUCAAGCAUAUGAUGGUAUUCACAAUGAGCCUUGUGGGACUGGUGCAACGAAACAUGUAAUUGUCGAUGGUAAAUUAGCUAUUUUUGGUCCAUCGACUGGUCAACGAUAUGCAUUUAACGUGCGUAACUUUGCACAAAAUAUUGGAAAUGAUGGUGUACUAGUUCGAGUGUCGUAUUUAGUUAUGCCACAUGGAGGUGCAAAAUCCAUUUCAAAUCGAAUACCUAUCUUAAUGCCAAAUGUUCUUCAUAUUGGUGUAACGAUAGAAAAUGUUUUAUUGUGA